AUGGCUACGAAUGCAUCCGCAAACUCAAAUGCUUCUUGUUUGCAGACAGAGACUUGGCUGGGAGGACCAACCAACGGAGAUUUUCUCAGUUACAACCGAUUCAUGUUCCUCUCAGUCAUCGGCAUUCCCAUCUGUGCGGUCGGCGUCGUCACCAGUGCUCUCAGCAUCUGUUUAUUUUGUCGGAACACUGCUACCCCGCGAACAACUCUAUUCUACAGAGCGGACUCUACCUGGAUACAGUUCUACAAGUCAAUUGGAUACAUGCUGCCCAUAUGUUCCCUGGUAAAUAUUCUCGAAAGCCUGAGGAAUUGGUUGGUUGUGCUGAUCGGCGUGGAACGCUUCCUGGUUGUUUGCUUUCCUGUUCGCAGCAAAGUGUGGUGGAAUGAAAGAAUCAACGAUUGCCUGAUAGCUGCCUGUUUUGGAUUUUCCAUCAUGAUUCGACUUCCUCUCAUCUUCCUGCUGGCAGUU